AUGCUGUCCAUGCUGAGGACAAUGACCAGACUCUGCUUCCUAUUAUUCUUCUCUGUGGCCACCAGUGGGUGCAGUGCAGCAGCAGCCUCUUCUCUUGAGAUGCUCUCGAGGGAAUUCGAAACCUGUGCGUUCUCCUUUUCUUCCCUGCCUAGAAGCUGCAAAGAAAUCAAGGAACACUGCCAUAGUGUAGGUGAUGGCCUGUAUUUUCUCCGCACCAAGAAUCAUGUUGUCUACCAGACCUUCUGUGACAUGACCUCUGGGGGUGGCGGCUGGACCCUGGUGGCCAGCGUGCACGAGAAUGACAUGCGUGGGAAGUGCACGGUGGGCGAUCGCUGGUCCAGUCAGCAGGGCAGCAAAGCAGACUACCCAGAGGGGGACGGCAACUGGGCCGACUACAACACCUUUGGAUCUGCAGAGGCGGCCACGAGCAAUGACAGCAAGAACCCCGGCUACUAUGACAUCCAGGCCAAGGACCUGGGCAUCUGGCAUGUGCCCAACAAGUCCCCCAUGCAGCAUUGGAGAAACAGCGCCCUGCUGAGGUACCGCACCGACACUGGCUUCCUCCAGAGACUGGGACAUAAUCUGUUUGGCAUCUACCAGAAAUACCCAGUGAAAUACAGAUCAGGGAAAUGUUGGAAUGACAAUGGCCCAGACAUACCUGUGGUCUAUGACUUUGGCGAUGCUAAGAAGACUGCAUCUUAUUACUCACCGUAUGGUCAACGGGAAUUUGUUGCAGGAUUCAUUCAGUUCCAGGUGUUUAAUAAGGAGAGAGCAGCCAACGCCCUUUGUGCUGGGAUAAAAGUUACUGGCUGUAACACUGAGCAUCACUGCAUCGGUGGAGGAGGGUUCUUCCCAUAGGGCAAGCCCCGUCAGUGUGGGGACUUCUCCGCCUUUGACUGGGAUGGAUAUGGAGCUCACAUUAAGAGCAGCUGUAGUCAGGAGAUAAUGGAGGUGGCUGAACUCUUGUUCUAUAGAUGA